AUGAUGCUCCCAUGCUCUAUGGUUGACAUCGUCUUCCUUUUGAAUGAAGCCGUUGGUCAGUUCGUAAGUUUGAGUGGUAAAAAUUUGAGAUGAACACAUCAUCUUUAGACCCUCUUUGUAGUCGUAUUUUUGGUGUGCAAAAUUGGUUUUUAAACAUACAAAAAAAUUUACAUAGAAGGCUAUUUUCCGACCAGAAAACAAGGUCUUGCCGCGGCACGCCUUACUCUCCAGUCUUUGUAUAAUUUUACUCUUUUCUUUUCCUUCGCCGAUUUAUUGCAAACCAAAUACUUUUAGAGAAUAAAGUUGGACGAUGGCGUGUUCUUGUGCUCUCUGGAAGGUCCGGGCCGGCAUUUGAAUAGAGAUGGCCAAGUAUUGAUUUCUGUGUUUUAUAUUGCAGGUCUGUGUUUGAUACAGGCUGUGUUGCCCGCACAAGCCUUUUUUCGGUAUUAUGCGGUUACUCGGUAAGUCACGCAAAAUAUGAUAAUAGGAAGUAUUUGACAAGGAAAGUACUUGUAUGGGGUAUGGAGUUACAGGUCGAGUCAUGUAUCAAAAAAUUUGCGAAUUUUUUCUGAUUCAGAAUAUGUAAAAAAUAGCUGCCUAAUUUUGGUUUGUAAAGGUGAAAACGCCUCGGAACUUUUCUCGAAACACCACGCAAACCAAAUAUGUUAUACCCAUUUAUUAGACUAUAGUAAAAAUUCAAGACAAAGAAAAAGCUCCAACUUUCAUAGCUGACAAUGGAAUUACCCCUAGUGCGACUCUCAGAUUUUCAUUAAAUUAUGCACACAUGCCGGACAUAGACCACGUAUCAAUUCCUGAAAGUUUCAGCCCGCUCCUUUCAGGAGCGGCGAAGAUAUUCAACGAUCUUUGCCGCCAGGAGGGCGCAUUUUCAUGGUGUUGCGAGAAAAGUUCUGAGGACUUUUUCACCCUUACAAACCAAAAUUAGGCACUAAUUUUUGCAUAUUCUGAAACAGAAAAAUUUUACAAAUUUUUUGAUAUUUUUGAGUCGAUGUAACCCCAUACAAGUACUUUCCUCGUGAGAUUUUUUGCGAUGCCAAAAUUAUUUUUUUGCAUCUUUGUUAUAGGGGCCACGCACUCACCAUCUCCGAGACUGCCGGACUGUUUGGUCUUUCGAUCCUGGGGAUCCUACCUACAACCUUCUUAUCUUAUAAGACUUUUGGUUUCUCAUGGCAGGUAAGACCAGACUUCAACUAUGCGCUUCUGUGGUACGAGGGCGAAACUCCGGGAAUUCUUCUUGUCGCUGAUAUUGUAAGUGUUCUAAUACUAUAAAUAUAAGCAAGUGCAAUGCCGAAAUUACACAUUCCACUGUUUUGUCUUACAUUAUAAAGCAUAAAAAUUUAAAUGCCUAAAGUCAUUGCAAUGCCAUGGAUUUUCACUGCAGGCUUUUAUUUUAGCGUUCAGUCCACCCGAAGCUCCACUUCUUCUACGCCGCAUUCUUGAUGACAACUGCUUACACUAUAACAAUAUAUUACGGUUCCAAGACCUUCAAAACGUUGGACAAAGAGUCAAGGAACGUUUCCCAGAGGACGAAACAACUACAAUCGCAGUUGCCUCGCUACUUGGUCCUACAGGCACGUCAUUUUUUCUACAUUUCAUUUCAAGCCAAUCAGCAGGAAUUUUAUCGUAAUUGCAAAUUCCAGGGGCUGAUUCCGCUGACUACAGCUGUGGCGCCAACUCUUUGUUUGGUGAUCAGCCAAUUUUGUGGGCUGAGCAUUGAAGGACUUGCAGCGCUAUGCGUCUCGAUGUAUAGCUGGAUCCCGUUCCUGAACGCAACGAUAACAAUAGUCGUAAUCGUGCCCUAUCGACGAGCGCUGAUCAGGAUCUUUAGAAGGAAGGAUGUAGAUCCGAAAAUAGAAACUGGUACUGGAACCGUCUAA